AUGACCAUGACCACUUCACCGACUGACACAUUCUUCGCCCUCCCAGAACUAAUCUCCAUCCUCGCCCCAUUCCUUCCCCCCCAAUCCCUCAUCCACCUCUCACAAACAUCUCGCACCCUCCACACAAUCUGUGUCCCCCUCCUUUGGGCAUCCCUCGACCUCAAGAAUCCCCUCCUCCUCACCAACUUCCUUCGUUCCCCAGAAGCCCAGCAAGCAUUCGGCAAUAAUAUCGAUUCUAUCCACGCCAUUAAAUGGAAUCCAGAUUUCUCUUGGCACUAUUUAAACGCCCUUUGGGCCUACCUCAACACAAUCGACUCGUCCAAAGUCCGCAAGGAGGUCUCGGCCGCUGCGCUAACACACCAGAAGGAUGGAAUUAUGCAGUACCCACCGCGCUUCUCUCUUGUCCCAUUAACGACACUGGAACCACCCGCCGCGCUCUUCCCACCACUACCUCCACUCCUGCGACUCACUCGCCUCGAGGCCCAUAUAUGCUUCUAUGCAAAGGACAACACCAUCACCCCAUGCAUAGGAUACAACCACGAUGAACAUUUACACCAGGUGCUUUGGCUCGUCCGUCUUAACAGGGAUACAUUGAGAUAUCUGGAGUUGACAGAGCUGACGCUGACCAACAAGGGCGUUAUCCGCGAUGUCGCACGGACACUGUCGCAGUUGCACCGGCUUGAGACUUUGAGGUUGACGACGCAUUCGAGUACGAUCUUUUCCCGGCAGAUGUUUGAGACCUUCUUCUUUUCUUGCCCGGCGUCCUUGGUCAGGUGUCAUAUCGCGAACGCCCUUCAUAAGGCGUGGAUGCCUGCGGAUUACCUUGAUCCUGUCAGGGGCCAGGAUUGGGACUAUGAUCAAGGACCCUUGGUACUCCGCGCUACACCACUUCUUCAUCUCAGACAUCUUCGUGUACCCCCUAUGCCCCGUCAAGACCUGACCUCCGUUUUGACGUCUCUCAUGCAGCAUUGCCCUUACCUCGAGGACCUCCACCUCCCUUUCCUAAACAACAUCGCUGACGGUCUCAACCCCGUCAUCGAAUCCAUCGCCCAACACUGUCCCCAGCUCUCUUCCCUAACCUUCCGGUCCGGCUGUCAUGGCGAGCGCCUCAUGCUGAUCCUGGAACUCCUCCCUCCUCAGGGUCUAAAAACCCUCUUCUGUCGACACUACUACGACUUGGCUUCUGCACGCUUGAUUGCAGCAUUCUCGCGGCAUUCGGCAAGUCUCUGCCAGAUCGAGUUGACACACUGUGCAGGUCUUGGGAGUAUAGUCAUCCAAUCCGUGCUGACUUCUUGCAGGGUCCUGGAAGUCUUUCGAGUGCACGGACUGAAGGCACAUAUCAGAACCUCCUUGCAAUUCCACCAUGCCAUCGAACACGACUGGGUCUGUAAGGAUCUGCGGGAGUUAACCCUCCCUGUUUAUAUCACCCCGCACGGACGCGAUCCCCAAUACUUGUAUAUCUACAACAACCACCACCCGAGUAAGGCGCUCUGGACAGAGCAUGAUCUCAGACACUGGGAGGAGCUUGGACGAUUCUACGCCCAGAUUGGAUCAUUGACACGACUUGAGGUCCUGAAUCUGAAGGCUAUUGGGGCCUACGUGGAAUUCACCGACUUUCUCUCGCCUUUUGAGACCUGUCUUCCUGGCCUCCUGGCUCUCGAAGAUCCCUCUAGCGCCACCGACGGGCAGAUCGGGCAUCUGUCAAAACUCGCGGGGCUGACCAAACUGAGAGAGCUGCGGGGUUCAUUCGUGUGGACGAACAAGGAGGCGGCGGUAAGGAUUGGUGAGCGAGAAGUCGACUGGUUCGCUACACAUCUACCGGCGCUCAGGAUAGCGACUUUUGUUGCCCGAGUGGACGAGGAGGAAGACAAGAUUUCCUCAUUCACAAGAUCAGAAUCAGAUUAUCGUCGUAUUGAAGGGUUGUGCCAACUCUUGGAGAGUAGGAGACCUGAGCUCAAGAUCCGGUUCGAGGGGGCAGUUGCAGAAGUGAUUGUGAGCCAAGAGGGUUGGGACUGA